AUGAGCCAAAGUAAUGACUUUUUUAAAGCAAAAAUUGUUCGACCCCCAUUAAACCCAAAAGAUGAAUCAAGUUCAAAUAACAAACCACAACAAAUUAUAAGACCUCCAUUUAAACCAGAUAAUACAAACAAUGUGGAACAAAACCCUCCGAUCAUCAUGGAUGAGUUCAUAAGAACCGAACAAACCGGAAAACGUAAUAAAUGGACAGAGUUAGAAUUAUAUUAUCUAGAAAUUGGAAUGAUAAAAUAUGGAACUAAAUGGGAAAAAAUUUUAAAAGAUUAUGGAAAACCACAUGGACAAUUAAGAAAUCGAAUAGCACCAAAUUUGAAAGAUAAAGCUCGUAACGAAAAAUUAAAAAGAUUAAGGGAAGGAAUACCUUUGGGUAUUUUUGAACUUGCUACAGGAGAUUAA